AUGGCAGAAAUCGAGGAAGCAUUGGCCGGAAACCACACAUCCUCUUCAUUGGUUCAGAAAAACUCUGUUUCACCACGGUCUCCGACCGCCUCUAUCUUGGAUCCUCCCCCAGUCAGCGCCAGGCCGUGCCUCAACAAACGUUCCUUGUCCUCCUUGCCGGAGCCCGGGAAGAAACGAUGUCUUGUCCCAACUAAACGGGCAGUUGAAAUUGCGAAUCAGAAAUUCGAGAAGUUCGGCGGCAUGGAAGACUACCUCCAGAACCAACCUACGGCGUCUCGGAUUCGCCCAUCGACCUACAACCAGGAAGAGUUUGGAUUCGUCAAUCCAUUCCCCGACGGCUUCCCUCUCUCUGACGACGAAGGUUGGCUGGGCUCAAAACCUCAUGCCGAUUCGUCUCUCUAUCAGGACUCUGAUCAUGAAGACGAAGAUUAUUGGUCCGGAAAAGGCCCAGAAGAACAACAAGGUCAUUUGAAGGAGGCGUCGUUGAAAUCACUUCGACAUAAACAGAUAAGAGAUGAAUCAACUGCAAAAACUCCCGACACUGAAAUGGAUAAAGAACAGAGAAUCAUGACUCUGGCUCGCGAAUAUAUGCACAGGAGCGAAGAAGCUGGGGCGGAGCGGAGCAGACAGCUUCGCGAGAACGCUUUACGACGACGCGGGCUUCUCACGAUUGCUGAAGGGGACGCAACUUCAGAUUACAGUACCACAGUCUCAAAUGCAGGCACCGAAAAUGGGUCAGACAAUGGCCUGUUCUCUGACAAGGACGGCCAUGAUCAGAGCAUCCAGGACCUUUUGGACAUUGCACAGGAGCACGUGACGAAAAGUUCAAAUCCUACUCAGACAGAGGUACGCGACAAAUUGAACAGGACAAAGGCACGGACCCAAGGGCCAAUCACGCAGAUCCCUACUUCACGAGCAGCCGCCGAGCAGUUCCGGACCCAAAGUCGACAUUUAAGUGGACAAUGUGACGCUCAAGUCAACAACAAUAGAUCUGCGCCCCUGUCCUUACGAGACGGUCAUUCUCGGGGCUCGAAAUUUGAGGGUUUGAGCCUGCAGGCAAAGGAGGACCGCUUGCGUGUGGCGAAAAAGUCUGUGUUUUCGGGCCUUACGGUUGAGGGAAGGGUGAGCAACCCUUCCGCAGAGAAACAGUUCAGCACGGAUGACGAAAUUGACCCUAGAGCUCGACGGAAUCUUCUUCCUCAGUUGCCGAGUGGCUAUAAGAGCGCCCCUGGGCUUGACACGGAACAACAAGCAACACGACUCAUUGCUGGUCCCAGAAAUGAAGCCAGUUACAGCUCACCCACACGGGCACCUAUCAACCUUGAGAUGCAGACGGAGAAGCAAGAAAAUGCAGUGCGUCCGUCGUCGCUUCUUACCCGAGAUCCUAACAAAGGAUUGUCGCUUCCCAAAAACUUUGACAAGCUCUCAGAGGAAGAGAAGGAAGUGAUUGUCCAGCACGAGAUCGUCAAGGAGAAGAAGAGAGACCUGGACACCCUUGGGAGUGUGUUUUGGACAUUGGCGCAGCUACAGUGCUUUCCCAACCGCGAGAUAUCUGACAGAAUAAUGCAGUACGAAACCAAAGAGCUUCACGACAUCGGUAGGUUUGUUACCCACGUGAUUGAGCAGGGAAAGCCUGGUAAGAUGCGGAGAGCUCGUAUACAAGGCAUCCGUGACAACAUCCGGAGACGCAUUUCCAGAGCAGCAGAGAGCUCAGAAGAGCCUACCCACGUUGCGGUCAUGGCCCAAAUGAGGCGAAUCUUCAAUCCAAAACACAUUGAUUUCAUCCACGACGAAACGCCCAAAAUCCAGGCGCAAAUCGAUCACUGGGGAAGCCUACGGAGUGAGCGAAAUAGCAACAGCAAGCGGCAAAAGGCAAGGCCACGAGGGAAUGGCAAAAAAGAGCGACCCAGGAAAAAAGAAGUCCGAUUUGCGGACGAGGCGACACUGACUGUCCAGGAAAAGCAAUCGAAGGGCAAAGCGAGCAAAAUCGACAGCCGGAAAUCGCAAUCCGACAAACAGGAGGAAAUGAUCGAGAAGCUCAGAGCCCAAUUGAGACUCUUUGAGACGGCCGACCCGGAUGAAGUGGCUGGACUCCAGAGCCAAGUAGCUGAGAUCGAGGCCGCGCUUGAGCGCGCGACUCAACACGACGACGAUGAUGAAAGCGAAGAAGAGGACGGUGCUGAGUUUGUCUUUGGAGCCGGAAAAGAUGGUGCGUCGAGCCUAUCUCAUGGAUUGCACAGCCAAACUACUCGAGGAUCAAGAACAGAAGAGGAACAGGACAUGGAAGAAAUCAACCGUCUGGAGAGUGAACGUCAAAAGGCGUCAGGUGGUCAUAUGCCAGCACUCAGCCAACAGCGACCUAGCCUGGCACUACUCAAACAGAUGCAGCUCAAAGCGAGCAAGGCGAGUCAGAGCCAAGCUUUCGACUCUGAAAUUUUACGACGGAUGCAGCUGAAGAGGAUCCAGCAGCUGGAAGCAGCGACAGACACCACAAUCAUUGAUCGAGCCACUGUAGGCGAAUCAGAUAGUGAGGCGCACGCAUCUGAUGAAGAUGAAGAUGAAGAUGAAGACGAAGACGAAGAUGAAGACGAAGAUGAAGACGAACAAGAUCGCCAAGUGUUUCGCUACACCGUCUGGGGUGCAUUUGCCGGGGUAGAUAUCUACAAAGAUGCCGACCACUACUACUUCAUGAAGACGUAUAGCGUCACAAAGGCGCAGGAAAAAGUCCGACAGAUCAUCUUGGGCAUUUACCGAUGGGCAGCGUCGCCAGAGAAUGGCACGGAGAGCAGCCGAGUGGAUAUACAAACGCAACUGCACCACGAGUUGAUGGAGCAGCACAUCAUUGUUGGUGAAGACUCUACAAUCGAGGCGCGUGCAUGGAUCGAGCGAGAUCUGGUGGAUCUGAAGAAGAAAGCCUUUAGGGCCGCAAAACGCCACCGAGCGGUCAAGCAAGUCGCGACAUGGGCGGUGUAUUGGGAAAAGACUAUCACGCCCAUCAUCAAUCCGGCGGAAGAGACUGGAACUGAGACUGAGACCACAGCCAAACCAGACGGCUUUGACGACCUCUUUGAGGAAUCUGCAGAGGAAAAAGCCGCCGCCGCCGCCGCGGCGCCAGUCACCACGUCGUCGUCAGUCGCGCAAGAUGACAUCAAGUUCUUCACCACGCCGAUCCUGGCAAACCGCUGGGCGAAGGACGUGUACCUCGCGUGGCACUUUGCGUUCCUCCCCGGCUGGCAGAACGAGGGCUAUCGCCGCCUCGAGGACGAGUCAAUGGAGCAGUACCUGGAGACGCUGGGCGAUUGGGGCCUGUUCAUGCGCGAGGAGAGUUUCGAGCGCGUCGAGGGCGGUGAUGCUGGUGCUGGUGCUGGUAUGGGAAGACGAGUAGAGGAGAAGUUCAAAGUGUGGGUCAAGAAGAUCGCGGUCAAGGGUCCGGGGAAUUGA